CUCAGCAUUGUUAACAGCUAGCAGCAUCCCGCCACGGAUCAGGUGACAUGAUUAGCUGCCAUGGUUACUUUUUUCUACAGUCUUACUAGCAAGCUACUAAACCAGGUAGCUAAUUAGCAAUAUAAGGCUAGUUUGCUCCUGGUGAGUAGUCUGGAAUGUUCAAUACGUUCCUAACUAGCUGGAAACGCCAUGUAGCUUAGCAACUGAGUUGCUUAAAUACAAACAGACUGAAUUAACACCAGAGUACUAGCUAGAUAGUUAGCUCAUAUUUGAUCAAUAGAAAAAAAGGUAGAUAACGUUAGUUGCUCAUUUGCUGAAGAUCGCCCACAACGUACCGGUGCAUUCCUUAGCUAGCUAAUUAGCAUUUUUUGGGCUAAGCAGUUGGCAGAACCCUUCAGGAUGAAUCAUAAACAUUGCAGACUUUUGACAGACAGGCAAAAUGUCCUACAUGUUUUUGCUAAACACACCAAGUCCCAAAGAGACGUCCGAGUCGUCCCUGAUUGCAACUCGGAUUCUAGUCGUGCCAAGAAGACAGCACGGUCUGGGAACACAAGCAAAGUAAAGCGGCUUAAGACGCGUAAGGAGAGGAGCCGCAUGACAGGAGAGAGACGUCAGGACAUACACCCCCCCUGCUGCCACCAAAGUAGGAGAGAAAAUAAGAUGGAGCAUUCCAAUAGUUGCAGUCACAAUCGGCCAUCAAAAGAGAAUACAUUUACUAAGGCUGACCACGGUCCAGGACCCUGUAUCAUUACUCAUGGCCGCCUCAUCGGGCACCGUGGCCUCUUCAACCGCGAGGUGAAGUCUGUGGACAUUGAACGUCUGGUGAGCGACGAGAUGAAAAUUAAACUAUACUGCCUUGGGGCAGCUGGAGUCCACAGUGGGGGCAGCGAAAACAGCAGGGCUGUUGCUUUGCCUUCUUGUCCUCCAUCUCCUGCUCCUGGUCGACCUGACUUUUUUGCUUCCAACCUUGGCGAGGAAGCCUGGCUUCCAGAGAAAAAAGCUAGGACACAGACUGGUGAGAAGGCAGGGCUGCCUAUUGAUUGCAAACAUAGAGCAAGGGCCAGAAUUCAGACCAGUGGAGAGUUGCAAGAGAAUGUGGGAAAGAGCAAAACAUCCAUUCAAGUUUGUGUGGGAAGUAAUACAAGUGAUAAUGUGUCUCACAGCAAUGCUAAUGUUAAUAAUAGUGCUACGUCAUGCGCCACACCACUGCAGAGUGCAGUCCUUCUGUCUUCUAAUAGUGAACCUGAGCUUCCCUCUUCAGCUAGCUUCAGAGGUCAGUUAGUGAGUCAGAGAGAGAGGUCACAGGCUCAAACAGGGGACCAAGAGUCACCCAAAUCUGCAGCUGCUGAGAGACCAACGGAGCAACAUGCUGACUCCAGGGGAAGGGAGCAUGGCUGUACACCACAGCAGCCCUCAAAAGACCGUAGGCCCUUAAAAUUUCAUGGACCGUCAUGCCAACCUGUCGCCGGGCCCACUGCAGCGCCCGGAAGGCGAGGCUACGCGGAGGACAGGCCGCGGCCCAGGGCUGGCGACUGCGCGGCCCUGGCGGCUCGUCUCUGCAGCGCUCUGCAGCUGCCCAUGCUGUGCAGGAGGAAUCUGCUGUCAGAGAGCCGGGAGGCCCUGCUGCAGGCCCUGCAGGGGAGCCACGGCCCGCGGCUGACGGAGAACCUCCUCAGGCUGCGGCAGCAUGUCAGCCUCCGCCGCGGCCCCAGUCCUGAGGUCCAUGGUGGGGACCAUGGAAACGACUCUACCAGUGACACACAGACGAGUGGUUACAGAGAAGACGUAGCAGGGUUGAAGAAAUCAAGGCCCAGUGCACACAGGGCAGCCUCUAGCAGGAGACGGAGAAAGCAGCUGUUCCCUCAGAAAGUGGAGCCGCACCAUCCAGAACCCCAGCACAAGGACACGGCAAUGCAGUGGAAUCCAAGCGUGAUGGAGCUGGCAGGCGAUCCCUCAGGGGAAUUCCCACAGACUGACUCCCCUCCAUUAGUCCUGGAUUUCCUGCCUUCGCCGACCUCAUCGCCGCCGACAUUCAGGCCUUCUGCUUGGGGGGUGCACACUAGGCAGCAGCUAACCCACAACAGACCGUUUUGGAACGAAGAACAUAUACAGAACGUUGCGUAUAGUCCAGAGAUGCGUUUUUUCAGUCAGUCAAAAAACCUGGAGGAUGCCAGGCCACCUUUCUUUCAGUAUUCUACCUUUCCAGUGGAGGUAUCUCAGAGAGAUGACACUUUUUGGCCCCAACGACCAGCUGACUGCGAUGUAAGCGACUUCAAGGCCAACUCCCUUCCUCCGCUUCACCGUCCCCAUGGUCAUAUUCACCUCCAAGCUCACAAUUCCAUUCACCAGCCUCCUCCAGUUCUUAGGUCUUAUAGCUCUGGCAGGAUAUAUUACCCCUGCUCUGAUAUGCAGGAGAGGGCGUUAUCACCCCCGCUUUCCCUCUUGCCCUCAUACCCCAGCCCAGACCACUGGUCCUUCCCCAGGAUGCGGCUCUACUGACUCACCCUCUUGAGUUCUGCAUUGUGAGGAACAGAAGAAACACUUGAUGCAUUGUUUCGAGCCAUCAGACUUUAUUAGGUAUGCCUUAUUAAUGCUACCUCUGUAUAUUGUUAUUGGUCACAAUGUUGCGCGUAAAGCGGCACAUACUGUACAGUAAAUGCAUUCAAAUAUUAGGCACUGAAUUCUGACUAGUUUUCUGCAAAUGUAUGGUACAAACAUUGAAUAAACAUAAUUUAGUAUCAUCA